GGCAAUCUCUCUCUCGAUGUUUUAUUUUGUCGCAUAUUCAUGGUGUGAUUUAACAUGAAUAUAUGUAUCGGUUGAAAUGGUCGAAGAUUUCCAGUUCUGGAUGAGUUUGGGAUUCUUAUGAUAAUAAUUUUGUUAUGUGGUAAUCUGAAUAGCCACUUUUUGUGCAUGUGCUAAAUGAGUAUAUUAGUUUUAGAGUAAAAUCAAAUUGGAUAAACUACUAGAAUUGGUAGCAUGCCAGUUGCUUGAUCAGAGGUCAUUUGGACUUGUAUAGGUGUUUUUACUCUUAUAAUUCACCCAUGUGUAUGUAUACUGGAAAAGGGUUACUGUUAUUUUAAUCAUGGAACCAAUGGGUGGAGAAAAACAUGGUGAAAAUAUUAACUAUGAAGUUUGUUAAUGGAUCUCUUCUUUCACAAAGUUCAUGCUCUGUGAACUUACUGGAAAGAAAAAUACAACUUGAUAAUUUGUCGAUUCCAUGCUUAGUUCAAUCAGGGGACCAAUGGUUACUUAAAUGGUUGGACUGUGAAGCAUCAAAAUGUGGAUUUGAGAAUGCAAUUUGAGUAUGAGAGUAACCACUUUGUGUAGUGGGGGAAUGUUAGAUCUGUAUCUAGUUUAUCCCUCCCAUUAUUUUACAUAAACAGAAUGGCAACUAGCAUAGCAUAGGGCUUUGUUUGAUGCUUAUGAAGAGAGAGAGGAAAAGGAUAGGAGAGUUUCUUUCUGGGGCAUGAGCUCUCACUUUCCUUUAUUUUUGUAAUCGCUUCUAGAUCCAAUUGGAGGAGGUUUAAUGUGAUCGAAAGUAUGCCACCAAAGCUCUUCUUGCAUUUAUGGGAAGGAGGAAUGAUGUGGAUCCAGUUGGUUAUAGUUGGGAAUUCUUAGUUAUUGGUUAGAAUGAAUUAAAAAUACAUUGGAGCUGUUAUAGGGAUGUAGAUUCACCAAGGCGUUGGUUGCAUUUUUGGGAGUGAAAAUUAUUUUUUGAUGGAUAGUCAUAGGCUCCAAGAUGAGGGCGGGCCUUGGCGGUGAGGUUGCUCCAUUGUGACCUGAAGGUCACGGGUUUGAAUCACAUAAACAAUCUUUCUGCUUUCAACGGUUCUGUCGCUGAGAAGUUGCGCAUCUCUUAGGAAAUCUACCCCUGUUGGCUUAUUAUAUUUUAGAAGAAGCUCUUCAGCUAAAAUAUUUUCUCUUGUUAACAUCACAUACUAUUCUACUUAUUCCAGCAAUGAGUUUUGCACUUCAUCAAAGCGAAGAUCUCGUGGACCUGUAAUGGCAGCGAAGAAAGCUUCUGAAGGAGCAAAUAAGGAAGAUGGGAGGUACAAGCACACAGUUGAUCUGCCUAAAACCACAUUUGGCAUGAGGGCGAACUCUGUAGUAAGGGAGCCUGAAAUUCAGAAGUUAUGGGAGGAAAAUCAGGUCUUUAGGAGAGUAAUCGACAGGAAUAAUGGUGGCAGUUUCAUUCUUCAUGAUGGUCCUCCUUAUGCAAAUGGUGAUUUACACAUGGGUCAUGCUUUAAAUAAGAUUUUGAAGGAUAUUAUUAACCGCUAUAAGCUUCUUCAAAACUGCAAAGUUCAUUAUGUGCCUGGUUGGGAUUGCCAUGGGCUACCAAUUGAGUUGAAAGUGUUGCAGUCAUUGGAUCAAGAUGCAAGAAAGGAGUUGACACCAUUAAAGUUGAGAGCAAAGGCGACCAAAUUUGCCAAAGCGACUGUGAAGACUCAGAUGGCAUCAUUUAAGCGAUAUGGAGUGUGGGGAGACUGGGAUCAUCCUUAUCUAACUCUUGAUCCAGAAUAUGAAGCUGCUCAGAUUGAAGUGUUUGGCCAGAUGGCCUUUCAAGGGUAUAUCUACAGAGGCAGAAAACCAGUUCACUGGAGUCCGUCAUCACGAACUGCUCUUGCAGAGGCUGAGUUGGAGUAUCCAGAGGGGCAUGUUUCAAAGAGCAUGUAUGCCAUAUUCAGAUUAGCCAGUGCUCCUACGUCUGAUGGCUUAUUGGAGGAGUUUUCCCCGAAUUUGUACUUGGCCAUUUGGACUACAACCCCCUGGACUAUACCAGCCAAUGCUGCUGUCGCAGUGAAUGCUAAGCUUCAAUAUGCUGUUGUUGAAGUGCAAUCAGUUUUGGCAGAUGUUUCUACGUCUUCUGCAGUUGGAAAAAAGAGGCUAGGCAAUGUUUUGAAGGAGCAUAAGAAGCCCUGCCUUAUCGUUGCUUCAGAUCUUGUAACAACAUUGGAAACAAAAUGGGGCACGAAACUUAUUGUGAAGAAAACAGUACAAGGUUCAGAGCUCGAAAAUUACAGGUAUAUUCUUCCAAUUGGUGAUAGAGAAUGCCCUGUUGUCAUUGGAGGAGACUACAUUACGACAGAGUCAGGAACUGGACUAGUCCAUACAGCUCCUGGUCACGGUCAGGAAGAUUAUGUAACUGGCCUGAAAUAUGGUUUGCCUAUACUUUCCCCUGUAGAUGAUGAUGGCAAGUUUACUGAAGAAGCUGGACAGUUUAGUGGGUUAGAUGUACUUGGGGAUGGUAAUGCUGCUGUUAUUGACUACUUGGAUGAACAUUUGUCAAUUAUCUUGGUAGAGCCUUACAAUCACAAGUAUCCAUAUGAUUGGAGAACAAAAAAGCCUACUAUAUUUAGGGCAACUGAGCAAUGGUUUGCAUCUGUGGAAGGAUUCCGGAAGGCUGCUAUGGAUGCAAUUAGCCAAGUAACAUGGAUUCCACCUCAGGCAGAAAACAGAAUUUCUGCAAUGACUUCUAGCCGCUCAGAUUGGUGUAUAUCACGGCAAAGGACUUGGGGUGUCCCCAUUCCAGUCUUCUAUCAUAUCGAAUCAAAGGAACCUUUAAUGAAUCAAGAGACGAUUGAUCAUAUCAAGUCUAUAAUUUCCCAAAAGGGGAGUGAUGCAUGGUGGUACAUGUCGAUAGAGGAAUUACUUCCCGACACACAUCGCCAUAAAGCGUCAUACUAUGUAAAGGGGACGGACACGAUGGAUGUGUGGUUUGAUUCAGGCUCUUCUUGGGCUGCUGUGUUGGAGAAAAGAAAUGGCCUUAGUUGUCCUGCAGAUUUGUAUAUUGAAGGCACCGACCAGCAUCGUGGUUGGUUUCAGAGUUCUUUGUUGACAAGUACUGCUACAAAAGGAAAGGCCCCAUAUUCUAGUGUUAUAACACAUGGAUUUGUACUGGAUGAGAGAGGAUUAAAAAUGAGCAAAUCUUUGGGUAAUGUUGUAGAUCCAAGAACUGUAAUUGAAGGGGGGAAGAACCCGGGGGAAGCACAUUCCUAUGGAGCUGAUGUCCUAAGACUAUGGGUUUCGAGUGUUGAUUAUACAGGUGAUGUUAUGGUCGGGCCUCAAGUCCUCCGUCAAAUGUCAGACAUAUAUAGGAAGCUGCGAGGAACGUUGCGAUUUCUUCUGGCAAAUCUUCAUGAUUGGAAAGCUGAUUAUGCUGUUUCUUAUGAUGAUCUUCCCACUAUUGAUCAGCAUGCACUGUUCCAUCUUGAAAAUGUUAUAGAGAACAUCAGACAGAACUAUGAAAAUUUUCAGUUCUUCAAAAUAUUCCAGAUCAUUCAACGGUUUGUGAUUGUUGAUCUCUCAAAUUUCUACUUUGAUGUUGCCAAAGAUCGACUUUAUGUUGGGGGCUCUACAAGUUUUACACGGAGAAGUUGUCAGACCGUUCUUGCAGCACAUCUACUUUCCAUAGUAAGGGUGAUUGCUCCAAUACUACCUCAUUUGGCUGAGGAUGUGUGGCAGCAUCUUCCUUUUGAUUAUAUUACUGAAGAUGGUCAUAUUGCCCAAUUUGUUUUUGAGUCAAGAUGGCCACCAUUAAAUGAAAGAUGGCUAGCUUUCCCUGAGGAAGAAAUUGAUUUUUGGGGUAAAAUUCUUGAGCUGAGAACUGAGGUGAAUAAAGUCCUGGAGGUUGCCCGUACAGGGAAGUUGAUUGGUUCCAGUUUAGAGGCAAAGGUCCAUCUCCACACUUCAGAUAAUGGCCUGGCUGCAAGGUUAAAUGACAUGAUUAAAGCAAGGAAUGAAGCAGACACGUUGCCUCGUAUAUUCAUAACAUCUCAGGUAGAAAUUCUUUCAUCCUUGGAGAAUCAACAAUCUGAAAAUAUACCAUACAAUGGAGAAUAUCUCAUUCAAGGGAAGGACAAAGUUUGGAUUGGUGUGUCUUGUGCAGAUGGCUUGAAAUGUGAAAGAUGUUGGAAUUUCUCGCCCCAAGUUGGUUCUUUUGCUGAGCAUCCUUCACUUUGCAGUCGUUGUUAUAAAAUUGUCGCUGGUCAAUCAAGCCCUGCUUUAGCUGCGGUCAGCUGA